AUGGACGAGACGGCGUUGAUCCAUGAGAUGCCCUACGAGGCGAUGAGAGACAUCUGUGAACUGCUCGAUUCCGGCGAUAUUUGGACCGAGAUUGUUCCAUUCAUGCCAGGAAUCGCUAAUAAUGACGUGGAUGGAUGUAAGAAAUAUGCGGUGAGCGACAAGACAGGUUAUGGGCCAACAUGGCUUCUCCUACGAAUUUGGGCGAGUAAAGGAUACUCGAUACUCGAUCUCUACAUUGUAUUCGCACACGCAAAGAUGGUGCGGUGUAUGGAGAUGAUGAGGGGACUCGUCAAUUCAAAGCAUCACUACUUGGAGCAGUUGUGUAUUGGUGAGGGAAGGGUAUCGAGUGCAGCCAGAGUAUCAGCCGCUAAUACAUCACAAUCCGGGACGAGACCGCAUCAGAACUGGAGCCAAGCGGGAUCUCGUAAUUCUGGCGCUGAACAUGGCGGACCCUCUUCUUCGUCUGUCAGACCGCCCACAGCUGCUGAUACACAUGCAAGCUCGUCAACGGACGAUUCUGCUCGUAUUUUCACUGGCCUUCAGAAUACCCCACAAGUGUCUUAUCAUGAAUUGGAGUUAGCCACCGAUAAUUUUGCGAAGAAUCAGAUGAUCGGAAAAGGGGGCUAUGGCGUCGUUUAUCGAGGGGAAUGGAAACAAACAAAAGUUGCGGUGAAAAGACUACAUGCCGGUGUUGAUCGUGGAAAUCAGUUUGAAAAAGAGCGCCUCCGCCAAAGCCUACAAGAGCUACGAACGCUUGCAAAAUAUCGUCACGAUAACAUUCUACCUUUAUACGCGUUUUCGUUGGAUGGCCCAGAACCGUGUCUCGUCUAUCAAUUCAUGGCCAAUGGAUCGCUGGAGGAUCGAAUUUUAUGUAGAGAAGGCUCUUUGCCGCUUUCCUGGCGUCAAAAGCUCGAUAUUGCCGAGGGAGCGGCCAGGGGCCUGCAUUUUCUACACACUAUCGGCCGAACCCCGAUCAUCCACGGUGACGUCAAAACUGCAAAUAUCCUGCUGGACAAGCAUUUGGAGCCAAAGUUGGGCGAUUUUGGGUUGAGCCGGGAUGGGCAAGUGGAAGCGGAUGCCGAGGAGAAAUUCCCGCUUAUUGCCUCGCAUAUAAAGGGAACACUGGCCUAUCUACCCCCAGAAUUCAUUACCUCGAAGAUUUUGUCUACAAAAUUGGAUGUUUAUAGUUUUGGGGUUGUUUUACUGGAGCUGGCAACUGGCCUCCGCGCCUACAUCGACACCCGAGAACCACACGGUCUUGCCGAUUAUUGCGCGGUUAUUGACGAGAAAAACGACCACAAACCAAUGCCAAUAUUCAACCAACUUGUCGACAAAAGAACACCGACACAUGGAGCAGAAAUUGACGAAGCCUUUUUCUCGCGCCUGCUCCGCGUCGGCCUACAAUGCAGCAAAAAGGACCGCGCCGAACGGCCCACUUGCAAAGAAAUUGUCGAGGAUCUCGUUGCAAAGAUA